AUGAAGAUCCAAUGUGACGUGUGUAACAAACACGACGCAUCGGUCUUCUGCACCGCCGAUGAAGCAGCCCUCUGCGACGGCUGCGACCACCGCAUCCACCACGCCAACAAACUCGCCUCCAAACACCAACGUUUCUCUCUUCUUCGACCUAAACAACACCCUCUCUGCGAUAUUUGUCAGGAGAGAAGAGCUUUCACGUUCUGUCAGCAAGACAGAGCGAUUCUGUGCAGAGAGUGUGACGUGUCGAUUCACUCUGUAAACGAACACACCCUUAAGCAUGAUAGGUUCCUUCUCACUGGUGUUAAACUUUCAACUUCUUCUUCGUCACAAGAAACUGCCUCUCCUUCAUACUCAACCCCUGAUUCUCUUCUGGACGUUACGCAUCAAACAACAAUACCUUUAUCUUCCACCAUGAAUAAGGUUGGUGUUGAAGCAACGGGUUCCACAAGUGCUAGCAGCAUAUCGGAGUAUUUGAUAGAGACUCUUCCUGGGUGGCAGGUUGAAGACUUUCUCGAUUCAUAUUCUGUUCCCUUUGGUUUCUGUAAGAGUGACGAGGUGUUGCCACGGUUUGAUGUUGACGUGGAGGGGCAUCUCGGUUCCUUCUCAACGGAGAACAUGGGGAUCUGGGUUCCUCAAGCGCCACAACCUCUUCUGAGUUCUUCCCAGAUGGAUGGAGCGAUUGGGCAAAGUGAGACCAAUAUGAAAGGUAGCAAAUUGAGGUUGAAGGAUGAUAAUUUCACAGUGCCACAGAUGAGUCCUCAGUCAAAUCCCAAGAGAGGAGGGAGGUUUCAAUGGUAG